AUGACAUUUCAAAGACCACAUCCCAAUCGAAUACCUUGUGAGCCAGCAUCUAAUUGGGAAUUGGAAUUGGAACUGGAACACGUAAAUCAAGCUUUGAGAAAUGAGUUAUCUAAUGAAGUUUCAAUCAAUAGGUCGAAUGAAAAAUAUAUAAAGGAUCUAGAACGUAAAUAUACCCGGUGUGAGAAUGAAAUUCAAUCUCUCAAUAAAGAACUGGAACAGCUUGAGAAUGCUUCGGAGAAAGAAAAGGCGGAGUUGAGAUCGGAAAUAUCAUUCCUUAAAAAAAGCUUAUAUCAAGCUAAAAAGGAGAUCCGAGACAAGAUAUCUUAUAUCGAUAAUAUAGAGAAACAAUUACAAGAAUCGGAAGAGCGGAUUCAAAAUCUAAGGCAUAGAUUCAAA